AAUAAAAAUAAUGCAGAUAGCUUUGAAAUCAUGAGAUACUCGACGCUGCAAGAACAAGAAUACGGGGUACCUUUACCUCAAAGCCGGUUAUCCAGUGAAACGAAUGAAACUAUGAUGGCUGAUGCAGAUACCAUGGAAUCAAAGAACAAUAAUCCCAUCGAGGAAGGUUCUGUGGUAUCCAAUCUUCCUCUUUUGUUUGCCAAUGGACACCCAACAUCAUUGGAAACGAUUACAGUGACACAGUUGGAACGCUUCGUAACAUUCAUGGUUCAAUGCUCGCUAGAUCAUGAUACUACCGAAGUGAUGACUGAACCACGGUGGUGGCCGAAAGAAGUUAAAUUUUCAAACCCCUUGAUAAGACCUAAAAGGAUUAACGAUAAUUGGAUGGCUAAUUUGAAGAAAUUAGUGUUCAGGUGCUACACUUACCACAGAAGUGAAUACCUUUUACGCUUUUGUUCGUAUCUUGCACGAUAUCCGCAAGAAGAGUUAGAAUAUGUUAAUAAUUGGGAUUCUACGACAAGUUUGUACCACAAAACUACCGGCAAGUUAUUAGUCACAUUUCGUAAUGAAAAUAUGAAUUAUGAUAGAAGAUAUGAAAGUCCGCGGAAAAAAUUGUUGUCUUGUAACGGAGUGACUUCUUGUUACUCUAAUAAAUCGAAACAACAAGAACAUUCCAGUAUGAUAGUUCAGCCAUCAACAGGAGAUAUUUAUUUAUGUGACAAUUGUGAUGCUGAAUUUAUAGGCCUAGAGAAGAUGAAGGAACACGAACGUGUGUGUUGCGAGCAAAGACACGCCGAACGUAAUUCACGACCCGCAACACCAGACUUGACGUUUAUGGAGCCUGAAUUAAGGCAAAACCAGUUCUUGGAAUAUUUUAGACUGUAUUCGGUGAAAUCAGAAUUGAAACCAUUUGAAACUAACAACAGCGUUACAGUUAAUAAUAAUAAUAGUAAUAGUAAUAAUAAUAACAAUAAAAGUACCAGUACACAUACCUCCCGUCGUGUUCGCGGAUCUCUCAAUUUUACGAGGUGUUCAAGUAUUCCUUUUUCUUCUCCUGCUGGUGUAUUAUUAGCCAAAAAAUCAAAAGCAAUGACGGAAGAAACGCAACAAGAAAGGCUAGAGAGGCUAGAGAGACACCUUAUCGCUCCUGUUUUAAAUAAUUCGGCUAGACCAAAGUGGCUAGAGGCGGAAGUUCAUCACGAUAGAUGGAUCGUUACAUACAAGCCAAAUCGGGACAAGUCAGCAUGUCAUUACGUGCAUCAAUAUAAAUUUGUAAAUUCUGUGAAACGGAAACCAAUGUUGAGCAUACAAUCGCAAUUAUUGUACGUUGUUUGUCGACCUGUUUACGUUCUCCUGACACGGCUCACUCCAGAACAAAUAAAUGCCCACAAAGGAGACCCACCAAAAUAUCAGUGUCUUGUUCGGAAUGUUUCAGUCGAUAACAACGAAACGAUGAUAGAAAGUCAAGAGAAUGCGAGACCAAAUGUUUCAUCGAAACGGAAAGCUCCGAGUGAUGAACAUGACACAAACACGGUGGAGGAAAACGAGAAGAUAGUUACCAGUGAGGCUGACAAUGAAAACUUGACAGCUCUCGAAGAUGAUGAAAACGUUUCUGAAGAAAAUGAGGCGGUUGUAAUUACAUCGACUAAGGAGGGAACUAUGUGCGUUAAACAGGACGCGAUUACGGUAAUUGAUCUUUGCUCCUCGGAUGAAGAAGAAAAUCCAUGUACUAGUGUAUCUUCGGAUGAAAAUAGAAAUCCGUUGAAUUGUACGACCGAGGAUGUAACGAAAUCGUUAUUGCAAACGCUUUCUUCGGCUAACAAUAAGUUUCAUGUAAGACCACAUAUUAUUUGUCCAACAGAAAUGAAAAGCGAAUGUUUCCCAGAUACCAUUCUUCUAAACGAUGACAGUGAAAAUUGUACAAACAAGUACCACAGUACAAUGUUAAAUACACGUACAAGUUUAUCCCCAAUCCCUAGACCACCACCGUAA